GCCUUCCCCUCCCUCUUCAGGGGCGGUGGCGGAGGGCGCAGCCCGAUCCCGGGCGGGGCGGCUCCUGCCGGCCGGGCUCAGCCCCUCAGGAGCCUGGACCAGCCCGCCGGGAGCCGGGCCCUCUUCGUGGGCCACCAUGGGGUCCGAAAUUCCCACUGGGGAAGUGCCCGGUGACGAGGGCUCUCCCCCUGAGGAGGGAGCUUCCUGCUCAGAAUCUGCACCCUGUAACAGAAAGGAAAGGACCCCCAGCAGCCCCAGCAAGCCGAGCGCUGUGGUGGCCCCGUGUCACCCGCGUUUGGUGGCCGCUGUCCAGCUGUGGUCCCGCAGGGAGGAGCGGCCAGCCCAGCGCCACCUCCUCUGCCCCGGGGACUGCGCCGACAGUGACAGCACCGCCGGGGAACGGCGCUGGGCACCGGCCUCAGCUCGCCCCCGUGUGAAGCUGGAACGAAGUUCUGACAGGAUGCGCGGCGCAAAAAGUCAAUCGCUCGCCUUUACUGGAGUGCUUCUCAGCUGCCUAGAAAUGAUAUUUUCAGCAAACACAGAGCAUGCAGCGUUCCUCAGGACUGUGUUUUCCCGCUUCAGUACGCCUAUCAUUAUUUCCAUUUUAGCUCCAGAUAUACCUGUUAUUGACCAAGCUUAUUCAAAACUUAGCAACAGUAUCACAGUGGAAUGGAGAGCAGUACCUGGGGCUACUAAUUACAUGCUGACUGCACAAGAUGGAGAUUCCUUUGUUGAAACGAUAGUAAAAAAUUCUCCAGGCACAGUGACAGGACUGAAGCCUGCCACCUUGUACCGAAUCACUGUCAGAUCUAUAAAUUCAGGAGGAAAAAGCCAGCCUUCACCUUUCAGAAAAGUAAAGACAGUCCUGGCUGCUCCGAUUCUGUCUGUUCAUUCUCCGAGCUGUGACUCCAUUGCAGUGAGCUGGAAAGCUGUGCAUAUGGCAGCUGGAUUGUCUGUGUCACUCAUGAGAUCAGACGGUUUGGGCAGAAUGCUGAAGCAGAACACCACCAAUUCCUCCUUGAUAUUUACAAAUCUAGAUCCAGGAACUCUCUAUACAAUCAAGGCUUAUGCCUGGAAUGCCAAUGGGAUGCCUGGAGAUGAUUUCACAUAUAACCAAAGAACAAGUCCUGAUGCGCCAGUGGAUGUUAAAGUAGCUUUCAAUAGUGGUGCUUUAAGAGCUGUUGUCUCCUGGUUGCCAACAGAAGGAGCUCUAACUUACAGCGUCACAGUCUCCAGUGGACUCCUGAAACUGAGGUGUAACACAUCUUCUGCCUCCUGCAUGGUGCCAUCCCUCCAGUGCAGCUCUGAAUAUUAUGUGUCUGUCACAGCAUACAAUGAUGCAGGAGCCAGUGAACCUACUGAUGCAGUAAGCUUAAAAACGAUUCCUUGUGCACCAGUAAACAUAUCGAUUGAGGAGGAUGAACCUGGUCACUUGCUGGUAUCAUGGUCUAGUGUCAGUCUGGGUCAUUACUACGUGGUUUUUGUGAAGAGUGAUGAUGGCUUGGAAGUGCACUGCAACACAUCGCAUACUCAAUGUCAUUUUCAGUCGGACUGUGGUUUCACUUAUUUCAUUAGUGUCUUUGCAUAUAACAAGGCAGGACAGAGCCCUUUAGGUGAUGUACUCAAUUACACUACUGCUCCUUGUUGCCCAAGUGACUUCAGAGCCGUGUUCAUAUCAAGCGACACGGUGCGGGUCACCUGGGCUCCUGUGCGAGGCGCCGACCUGUACGAGACCCGAGCGGCGGGCGGCAGCGGUGUGGCGCUCUGCAGGGACACGGCCACGGCCUGCACCCUGUCGGCUCUGCAGUGCAGCACCCCCUACAACAUCACCGUGUACUCCUUCAGCGAGGCCCGGGGUAGCAACGCCUCGUGUGCGCCUCAGUACGUGGCAACAGCUCCCUGCAGUCCUGAAAUUAAAAAUAUCUCAAAGGAGGGUCUAUCUGUAAUCAGUGUGCAGUGGCAACCUAACAAUGAAGAAGCUAUGUAUGUUGUCACUGCCAGAGGAGAGGCUGGACUUUGGCAUUGCACAAGCACCAGGAAUUCCUGUACCCUAAUGGAUCUUCCCUGUGGCUCUGCUUUCUCUGUAAGUGCUAUAGCAAGAUCACCAGCAGGACAGAGCUUACCAAGCUACAGUAUCCCUUUAGAGACAGCUCCUUGUUGCCCUUAUGACCUGAUAGUAACUCAAGUGACACAGUCGGUAACCAAUAUCAGCUGGUCUGUUGGGAAGGGUGCACAGACAUAUGUAACAACCCUGGAGUCUCCAAAAGGACAGGCAAAGUGUCACACACUUCAGACCUACUGUCUCCUGGGAUGUAUCACAUGUGGCACCAACUAUACAGUGUCUCUGAGAGCCAUUAGUGAGACGGGUUUGACAUCCAGCUGCACCUAUCAGGGAUAUUCUUCCAGUGCUUGCUGCCCUUUUGGGGUGAAGCUCUAUAGGCUCAGCAACAAUGGCAUCAGGGUGUUCUGGCGAGCUUCUGAUGAAACAAUAAACUACAGUGCUGAUUUACAUGGCUCAAAGGGCAAUUUCAGCUGUACCCCCAGCUCGGGUCUGAGUCACUGUGAUAUCACCAAGAUACCCUGUGGGGAUGUCUACACUGUGGUGGUAGCUCCGGUGACCAACAAGGGGCCAAAGCUCACAUUUUGUCCUAAGAAAAUAUAUUCAGUCACCUGCUCUGGAAGCUCUGUUGGAAUGGUUAUUUACAGAGGAAAGAGCAAUCCAAAACACAUCUAGAUGAAAUUCUGGUUCAGAUAAGGAGGUAAGUUACAAGAAUCACAAUUCAUAUUAAAAUGUAUGAAUCCAACUUUUCCUGCUGAUUAAAUCUUUGGGAUUGGAGGGAAAUGCUUCACCAGUCCUGUAUAUCACAAGUGGUUUGUUAAAAUCCAUCAUAUUUUCCUCUGAAAUCUCUUGUCAUUUAUUUCUACUAGCACUACUGGUUUGUCCUCUCCUCCAUUUGUAACAACCUUCUUUCACUUCAUUCACUUCACUAUACUGUAAUUCCCCAGAAAAGCCCUUGAAAUCCAAACAGAUAAAAAUACUCUUCAGCACUUAUUUACUUUUUCCUGGUGUUCUGGACUAUUUUCUGCUCCUGUCUCAGAGGAAUGACAAGAAAUUGCUGCUGACUUUUCCCCCUAAGGUUGAUCUCCUUUUUGCUGCUGUUCACCUGCUGCUAUCCUGGAUGUUAAGAUUGUUCGUAACACCAUUCUGCCUAAAUGUUAUUUUCAGUCUUUUUUCCCCUGAAGCUGGAAAGACACAUCUGUGCUUAAGUGCAAAUUCACAGCUGCUUGAGGACUGGGAGGAGGAAAGCUGAACACCUAGCCGUAUCUGAGACCUAAUCCAGGCAGGACCUUCUCUCAUACUCCACAGUGGUUCCUUUUUCAGCCAACUUUGAAAGCAAAGUUAAUGGUUCUACAAACAGAAGUGUCAUCUAACAGAGUCUUUGGGAGCUCAUGUGUACAGAGGUAUCCAAAGACAACAGGGUUUCUAGCACUAUUUUCAGCUUAUAAAAACAGACACUAUCCAUUCUGGAAAUUGCCUUUCUUCAGGGAACACAUUAGGUGUUAGGUACCUCAGCCAAUGCUCCUGAUCACUUGUGCAAAAUCUUGAGGGACUCUCAUGCUUCAGUAAGUUGCUUGUAGAUGGCCCAAGAAUUGUAUGCUGCUGCUUAAAACAUGAUCUGCAUUCAGUCAUGAUCAAACAAGUCUUUCUUUAGAAAACAUUAUUUAAAACUGCUCUGCAUUAGUUAAUAGAAAGUUGGUUUUAUUUCUCACUUAAUAAAAAAUUAAACAGCCUUCUUUCUUGAG